UUUAAUUCUCAAAAGAUCUGUCAAGUAGGCUAGGCAAGGGUGAAUAUAUAGAUGGUGAAAUCAAGAGAUGGGGAGUUGAAAUGAUUUGGGCAAGAAUACCUAUUUAUUUUGUAAGACUAGGACAAGAAUCCAAAUCUCCUAGUUGGGGGGAGGGAGGGUGAAGUAGGGUUUGGUUCAUUGUUUCUAUUCUACUAGACAUCUUAGGACUGGGAACAAUUUAAAGCAUAGCUCUUGUUCUAGGAGCAAAGAUCAUUGACAAACUGAGUCAACUUCUUCUUUUUUUUUUUUUUUGGUAUACCCCCAUCUAGAAUGGUUUUUACCUUUGAAAAAAUGUAAAAAACAUUCUUAGCUCAUGUGGACUGAGGCCAAGAAAUUGCCUGAUUUGGUCCUUUAGCAGUAGCUUGACAGCCCAUUUUAAAUGAGCCAGACUUAGUGCUAUGCCCAAACUCAGAUGCAGGUUAGUAGUAGGACCAAACCCCUUCCCCCUUUCCCUUCAAAUCUCUAGAUUCCUAAUCAAAAGAUUUAGAACUGGAAAGCACAUCGGGGAUCUAGUCCAAAACUGUACUCUUAAAAAUAAGGAUACUUAGGCUAUGGUUAAAUGACUUGGCCAGGGUCACACAAAUAAAGAGCAUAGGUUUGAACAACCCAUGUUGUGUGACUCCCCAGAUGCUACUUUUUCCACAACACAGCACUGUUAAUGUUCCACAGGCUCCUUUGCCUCGGUUGAGCACAGAGAGGUACACUGGUUCUAGAAUGGACAAGCCAGUUCUAUGAGGUAGAUUCCAGCUAACACAGCCUAGGGUUGUGAGGUGGGUUCUAGAAGGGUGAGCGGGGUAGGACAUGAAGGAAUUGUCCUACUGUUCCCUCACAACCUGGGGCCCCUGUGGGAGCCAUGUCCUACUUCAUGACACAGAGAGCUCAUUCGGGUCUCCUUACUUCUGGCCAAGGUGGGGCAGGCCCUCCAAACUCCUCUCUCAGCCUCUAUGGUCCCAUGGAGCCAGUGGUGGUAGCCCCUGGAGGGCCAGGUCCGCUAAGCCAGAAAGCUGAGCGUCAGGCAGCUCCCCAGUCCUGGGGUCACUCUCUACCUACACCAGAGCCUGGGAUCUGCCCAGGGGGGGCUGGCUGGGAGCCGCUUCGGCGGAAAGAGUAUCAUGGCAGAUACUGCAGAAAAUUUCCUCAUGUGAGGCAGCUUGAGAACCUGGGCUGGGAAGAUGGUUGCCCACGGGGCAGGGUCCCUCAGUUGGCUGGAGGGCAGAUGGGUAGCCUUGGGGGGCAUGGGCCACUGCUGCUCUGUGGGCUAUCUCCAGGGGCCCUGCUGAUGCCCAAAGAGGCAGGGGGCAAAGAGCCUGGUUCCCAGCCUGACAUCUGCAUUCUCACAUUGGCUAUGAUGAUUGCUGGCAUCCCCACUGUGCCUGUCCCAGGCCUGAGGGAAGAGGACAUGAUCCGGGCUGCCCAGGCCUUCAUGAUGGCCCAUCCAGAGCCUGAGGGGGCUACUGAGGGGAGGUGGGGUCAGGCCCAGUCUCACAUGAUGCUUGGCCAGGCCCCACUGGUGGGGCCCAGAAGGAGUCAGGGUCCUGGUUCCUGCUUGUAGCCAGAUGAAAUUGCACUAGACUCACUGGG